AUGUCAAUAAUUAGAUUGGGGCUAGGGUUUGUUGCGGUGCAAGGGCAAGAGGUGAUUCUGGAAUGGUCAUCAUCCAUGGAUUUUGAAGGCAGUAAGAAGGAAAGUGAGAAGAUGGCAUUAAGAUGGGGGCUGCAGAGAACCGUUGAGUUGGGAUGGAAAAAUGUCACAUGCACAGUUGCUGAUAUGAAGAUCAAAAUCCAGUGGGUGUCAAUGCUGAAACAAGAUUCUGAUAAUUUAGUUGUGGGUGAUGACAUUCCCAUUAGGGCUUUGCAGGGGAUGGUUGAUCCAUUCCCCUGGGUUUGUCACCUUCAUCUGUUGUUGUAA